AUGACGGCCCCCGUGGGAAAAGCCGAACCCUCGCGCGAUGGUUCGACGAGCUCUAUCGCGUCCUCCCCGGAGCCUGAGACUCAGGGCACAUAUACCCAAGAGAACCCCCAACAGCAGAAGCGCAAAGGUGGUCGUAAACCAAUAGCACUAACCAAGCGACGUAAGAUUUAUGCCACCUCGGAGGAGCGCAAACAGCGGAAUCGUCAGGCCCAGGCUGCCUUUCGUGAACGCCGCACCGAGUACAUCAAACAGCUAGAGAGUACGAUCAAGCACCACGAGGAGACCCUGCAGAACCUCCAAAAUAGUCAUCGCAAUGCCGCCGACGAGUGUCUCAUGCUCCGAUACAAGAAUUCGCUUCUAGAAAGAAUCUUGCUGGAGAAAGGCAUAGACGUUCAGGCCGAGCUGCGCGCAAAGACUGGGAGCCCCAACCUGGGUCCGACUCGUGCCGCUGCCUCUGCUCAAACUUCUCCCAACCAGCCGCCGCUUCAACAGCGCGCCAUUUUGAAUAGACAGCAGCAAAGGCGGUCCUUGGGAGGACCGCCGAAAGCUGAAGGCGUCCACCAUGGCCUGCCAAUGAUCCAACCAGACGGUGCCUUGCCACAGCGCUCACCACUGUCCCAGCCCACUCCUGCUUCUCAUCUCUCCUCUCCAACCGCGUCACAAACGCAAUCUCCCAAUUUCAUGCCGCAAGGCACGUCGGUAUCGCCCAACUUCGGGCCUCUGCCACAGCAGCAACCGGGCCAGCAGCCAUUGCGACCUCAGCCACCUAGAUCACACUUCACCCCAAUCAUGGGACCACAGGGACAGCAGGGACAACAAGGACCACAGCGUCCGUCCGUAAUCACCAACCAGUCUCCGUCGAACGGAAUCAAUAGUGCAUCCACCGUAGGCAGUGGCCCGGCAAGUGUAAUGACCCAGAGCAGCACCAGUGGCGGCCCGUCCUCCUACUACACCUCUCCCUUCGAGAGCCAUAUGAACCAGCUCGGCAAUACAGAGCAAGAGUAUGAUGAACAAGCCGAUAUGCUUGAUCAUGACGACCCGAGCGACCAAUCUGCCGGCCCUGGUCCCGGCCCUUUCUCGCAGCAGAACUUCCCUCAGCAAGGGCAAUCGAUGCAACAGAACCAGGGCAUGCAACCGCCGAUGCAGCCCGCACAGAACCAGCAAUACACCCCGCCAUCCGGGAACAUUUCGAACAACGACUCGAAUGGGGUGAACGCCGCCGUGUUCAACGGCAUGAACCACCUCUUCGACCCUUACGACCCAAUGCUUGAUGCCGAUCCAUUCGGCCUUUCAGCAAGCAUGCACUUUCCGACAAUGUACGAAUCACGGUGA